AUGCCUGGACGUAGCAAAGUCAAACAAAGGAGCUCGAACAAUGCCAAGCCGCUUAUCACAACGCCACGUGGGACUAUCAAGCCACACAAGGACUUUGACGAGGAAGCAGCCACCGGCCAGGCCAAGAAGCUGCAUCGCGCACUGCAGAAACCCGUUAACAUGGCCGUCGUGAUCAGCAUCCUCACCAAAUACACCGUCGAAGAGAGAAAGUACCUCGAGGACGUAUAUAAUGUCCAGUUUGAUGAGAACCUCGAUGCGGCGCUGCGGCGUGAGACCUCUGCGAAUCUGCAGGCCACCCUGCUGGCCCUCAUGCAGUGGGAGAACCAGUUCCUGGCCAGCUGGACACGCCGAGCCAUGAAGGGUCUGGGCACGGACGAGAAAACUCUCAUCGAGAUCUUCUGCGGCCGUUCGCAGGCAGAGGUACAGAACGUGGUCAAGGCCUACCAGAGAAUGCACGGCCGCUCUCUGGAGGCCGAGCUUCGGUCGGAGCUGAGCGGCGACUUCAGGCAGCUGAUCCUCGGGCUCGUCCAGCUGGGUCGCAACGAAGACGAGCUGGUGGGAGAAAACCGCGCCCGCGAACUGGCCGUCGAGCUGCACGCGGCCGGAGAGGCGCGACGCGGCAAGGACGCCGCCGUGUUCGUGCGCAUCUUCUGCGAGACAGGCUGCGCGCUGCUGCGCAGGGUGUUCGAGAUCUAUCCGCAGGUGAGCGCCAAGGCCAACAGCAUCGAGAAGGCGAUCCGGUCCGAGUUCAGCGGUGACAUGAAGACAGGCCUGCUAACGAUGGUGCAGUGCAUCUCUGACCAGCCGGCUUACUUUGCCGAGAAGUUGUACCGGGCGAUGCGCGGGCUGGGUACCGAUGACGGAGCCCUCAUUAGGAUCCUGGUAUCGCGGUCCGAGAUCGAUCUGGAGAAUGUCAAGGAGAAGUACCAGCUCAACUACGGAAAGAGCCUGGCGGCGGCGGUGGCUGAUGACACUUCGGGUGACUACCGCAAGUGCCUGUUGGCCAUCAUCAAGUCUUGGGCCUAG